AUGGAAAAUGCCACCCAGGAAAACAAAGGAGAAGAGCAAGCUCCAGUGCAGAAUGAAGAAGAAGCCCACCCUUUGGGAGGUGGUGAAGGCCAGGAGCCUGGAGGAAAUAUUAGAGCAGGUCGGGCUCCACCUGCCGACGAUGGUAGAGAGGACAUGCCCAAUAGGCUUGUCCAUAACCUUGCCAUGAUAAAUGGAGAUGCAGACGAUAUGCAACGGUUCAUGGAGGAGAUGAGAGAGCUAAGGAGGAAAAUUAGAGAUCUUUAGUCGAGGUAUGGCUUGCACAUUCUUAUAGGAGAUCUCUCUCACCAUGACCAUCCUGAUAACUUUGCCUUAUGCCUUGAAUGCUGA